UGAGUAUGCAUCAUUCCCAUUCGUGUGCAUUGUUUGUGCGAUUGCGAUGUCGAGAUUCGAGAAGAAGAAUAACAUUAAUUUUUAAUUAAUUAACUUUUGGCUAUAAAAUUUUGCGUGCGUGAAAUCGUCUCUCAUCUCAUCAUCCAAGCAAAACGAAAACGUAAACGAGUGUCGAGUCGACUGCCGAGUGGAAGUGGAAGUGUGGAUUUGGUGGAUCCGUUGAUUUGUUCUCUUUUUUCAAUCCGUCGUAAACCGUAAAGUUUCUUCGAAUCGAAGAACCAGAAAUCUCCAAAUCGAAUAAUUCACACAGAAAAGAGAACACACAAAAAAUAUAUAAAUUGAACCAGCAGAGCAGAAUCGAAUUGGACACGGAGACGGCCACAGACUCAGUUCAGUGCUGCUGAAAGCUGAAGCUCAAGCUGACGACGACGACAACGAGAACGACUACGAGCUAUAAGCUAAACAACAAAACGACAGAACGACACACAAAAAGAGAAGAGACAAAAAAUAAUGCAAUCGGCAAAACUUGCGCUGCGUGAAGAGGACGUGGUUAGGCUAACGCUCGAAUUUCUAGACAACCGUGAAUUACACAUAAGCCAGCUUUCACUCGAACGCGAGACUGGUGUCAUUAAUGGCCAAUUUUCCGAUGAUGUGUUGUUUUUGCGACAGCUCAUACUCGACGGCCAAUGGGACGAUGUUGUCGAGUUCAUUCAGCCCCUGGAGGCCCUGUCACAGUUUAACAUAAAGAAAUUCUGCUACACCAUCCUCAGGCACAAGUACAUCGAAUUGCUAUGCAUAAAAUCAGAGGCAGGUGGCUCGCACACGGCCGCCGGUCAAGGGGUCAACUCAAUGGAGGGUGCUGUCGAGGAAGUGGUCCAGCUGCUGGAGCAAUUGGAAAAAUUGGCCCCUACCAAGGAGGAAUACUCUAAUCUAUGUCUGCUUCUUACCUUUCCACGCUUGGCUGACCACCUUCAAUUCAGAGACUGGAAUCCGAGCAAAGCCAGAGUUCAAUGCUUCCGUGAGAUUUUCCCCUUGGUUGAGAAAUUCCUACCACACGAUUCGAAGCUCAAUGUAGCACCAUGGGCCAAGAACGACCGACUAAUUCAGCUGAUCAUAAAAGGCGUGCUCUACGAAUCAUGUGUCAGUUAUUGCCAAGCGAAGGCGACCGGUUCUACGGAGGCGUUCAAUCAAGAUUUAAUAUUCUCGAAGUUGCUCGACGGAUCAGUGGGUUUUUCGGAUUCAGAUUUGUCGUUGCUCAGUUGGCUGCAAAGCAUCCCCUCGGAAAUAUUCUCGGUUCCAUUCGAACAAAAGACGUUGAACGUGAACGUUGAGUGCUUGGAGAGACCAUCGUUGGAGACAUCGUGGACAGAGCAUAUGCUAGUGACACCGAUCAAACCCAAAACAUUUCCACAUUCGGUGAUGCCCUUCACUCGGCCACGCAGUGCUGCCGAUAUUAUGACUAGAUCUUUAGUCUCCAAUCUCGAAGCUCUACCCUUUGGAAUGAAUGCAGCCAAGCUGUCUGACACAAUCGAAAAAUCAGCAAUGUCAAGGUCAAGCUUUGCCAGCUUCCAUCUGACAGGCAUCAAAUCAAUGAACAGGAACGUCAUGGCCAACAGUGUGGAUCGUCUUUUCUCCAACGACUUUACAUCGGGCAAUGGAAAUGCAAAUCAUGGCGGUGAAUUCGAGAGUCUUCCAUCGAUUCAGGAAAUUCGAGACAUAAAUAGUUCACAGGAGACACAGAACUCCGAUAAAGCACAACAUGACAGGAGCAGCGGCCGGGAGAGUCCCAAUACGGCGACUUCCACCGCCAAGAGUUCGAGGCGGGACUCGUUGAGUGAAUCACAAACGAUUCCUGCACACAUGAAGAUCGUUAAGCAAACAACAACAGCAGCUGCAACAAGGGCUGUUUCGCCACCGCAGCAGCAGCAGCCUAGUGUACCACCAGCUGCAACAGUUCCAGCAGAUGAAUUAUACAAUUCACCAAAAGCAAGCCUUAACUUCUCGACCCGGAUGAAAGGUGAACUCUUCGAGAAAUUCCACAAUCAGAAAAUGAAAAAGGAAGAAGAGAUUACGAGUUCGAUUAUGGCAGACAGUCACGAUGCAACAUCCGACCCAAUGAACACUUCAUUCCUCAAUAAGGACAGCGGUCGACCACAUUUCGUGGCUGUCACCUCGCUGGAGGACGUGCAGGCAGUGCGCUGUGCGGAAUUCCAUCCCAGUGGAAGAAUCUAUGCAGUGGGUUCUAAUUCGAAGACUUUCCGAAUUUGCGAAUAUCCAUCAUUGUUGGAGGUGCAGGAACAACACACCACAUACCAACCUACGGUGUUGUUCAAACGGACAAAACAUCAUAAGGGAUCGAUUUAUUGCAUGGGUUGGGCUCCCGAUGGGGAGCUUGUGGCCACUGGGUCAAAUGACAAGACCAUCAAGCUAAUGCGUUACAAUGAGGACAGUAAACAGCUAGAGGGCGGCGAGAUAGAACUGACAGUUCAUGACGGUACCGUGAGGGAUUUGUGCUUCCUAGAGGACUCGACAAACAAAGCAAGUCUUCUUAUCUCUGGCGGCGCUGGGGACUGUAAGAUCUAUGUCACCGACUGUGCGACUGCCACCCCAUUCCAGGCAUUAAGUGGCCAUGGUGGACACAUACUGUCGCUCUUUAACUGGGGAUGCGCCGUCUUUGCCUCUGGCUCACAUGACAAAACUGUGCGAUUCUGGGAUCUACGCACUCGAGGUUGCGUCAAUACCAUAACCCCAGCGACGAAUCCGAGCUCUCGGCAGGGAUCUCCAGUGGCGGCAGUGUGUGUCGACCCAUCGGGUAGACUGCUUGUCUCCGGUCAUGAGGAUAGCUCAUGUGUGCUGUAUGACAUUCGUGGCAAUAGACCGAUUCAGUGCUUUAAGCCGCACGCGGCUGAUGUCAGAUCGAUUCGUUUCUCCCCAUCGGCCUAUUACUUGCUCACAUCUGGCUACGACAACAAACUUGUGCUGACCGAUCUACAAGCUGAUCUGACACUCCCACUGCCAUCGGUGGUGGUAGCGCAGCACGCCGACAAAGUAAUCUCUGGACGCUGGCAUCCCACAGACUUCUCAUUCUUGUCAACGUCGGCCGACAAAACAGCUACCCUGUGGGCGUUGCCGCCGUUGUAAUCACGAACGAACACCUUUUAAGGCUAUUUCUUCUUUUUUUUCUAUUAUUGCUUAGAUAUUAAAAUAUAUUAUAUUGUGUAUUCAUACGAACUAAGUGCAAUACAAAUUAUUUUAUGUUCUCUAAUAAAUCAUGCAUAAUUCAUUGUAUUUAAGGCACAAUCGACUAACACACUACGUUUUCGUCGUCGUAAACGUCGCAUUCAAAUUCAUUAAUAUUUUCCGGAAUGUUAUUAAUUGAUUUAUUUCUUUUAAUUAAGUUUAAACUAAUAAUUAUUUAUUUUACUCUUUUUAUAAUGCCGCAUCAUGACCUUAUUAACCAUUUCUUAAAACAAAAACAAAACAACCAUGCAAAUGUGGGUUGGGUAUUUAAUUUUUUUAUAUAAUAAAAAAAUAUUGAUAAUUUUUUAGUAGAAUAAAAUUUUAAACAAAAAGUUGAAGAUUUUGAUAAAUCUUUUGUAAUUAAUUAAAUUGAUUUUUUUUAUUCUAGAUACAAUUGAGAUUAUUUUAUAAUUUGCUAUGCUCUCGAAUUUUUUAAUUUUAUAUAAAU